GGGCCGAGCCGGGCUGGGCCGAGAGGGAGGAUGAAGAAAGAGCAGGUGGUGCAUUGUCAGUUCUCCGUCUGGUACCCGCUCUUCCGCGCCGUCACCAUCCGCAGUGUUAUACUUCCCCUACCAGAUAAUGUGAAAGAAUAUUUGCUGGAUGAUGGAACUCUUGUGGUUUCUGGAAGAGAAGAUCCACCAAGUCAAGCUCAGGAGGGGACUGAUGAUGCAGAGGAAAUACAGUGGUCAGAUGAUGAGAAUACUGCAACUCUGAAGGCACCAGAAUUUCCUGAGUUUACAGCUAAAGUUCAAGAAGCAAUAAGUUCUUUGGGUGGUAGUGUUUUUCCUAAACUUAACUGGAGUGCUCCAAGGGAUGCCUACUGGAUAGCAAUGAACAGCUCUCUGAAAUGUAAAGCUCUCAGUGACAUUUUCCUCCUCUUCAAGAGUUCAGACUUCAUUACUCGUGACCUCACGCAGCCUUUUAUUCACUGUACAGAUGAUUCCCCUGAUCCUUCCUUGGACUAUGAGCUUGUUCUUCGCAAAUGGUGUGAACUAAUCCCUGGUGCAGAAUUCAGAUGCUUUGUCAAGGAAAACAAGCUCAUAGGUGUAUCACAGAGGGACUACACUCAAUACUACGAUCAUAUCUCUAAGCAACAUGAGGAGAUCUGUAGAUCAAUACAGGAGUUCUUCAAGAAACACAUACAGUAUAAAUUCUUGGAUGAAGACUUUGUUUUUGAUGUGUACAGAGACAGCAGGGGUAAGAUUUGGUUAAUAGAUUUUAACCCAUUUGGUGAAGUAACAGACUCCCUGCUGUUCACAUGGGAAGAACUGACCUCUGGGAAAAACUUGAAAGGAGACCAGAGUGAAGGGGAAGAAGCAGAACAGGACUAUCCAGUUUUCCGUUGUACGAAUAGUAAAGUUACUGUCCAGCCGAGUCCCUACCUGAGCUACAGGCUGCCAAAAGAUUUUGUGGAUCUUUCUACAGGAGAGGAUGUUCACAAGUUAAUUGACUUUCUUAAACUGAAAAGAAAUCAGCAGGAUGAUGACUGAUCAAGAAGCAUGACACUGAAUUACAAGCAAGAGAUGUGACAAAAGCUAUAUUUAGCAACACUAUUAAGCUAUUGUUUAAAGAAAACCUGCUUCUAUAGUCAAUGAAAGAUCUGAAGAGCUGUUCAUCCUGCGUGUCUGUUGGUUUAUAUAAAAGUGUAGAAAAGCUUUUCAUGGAAACAUGAAAGGUCAGGGUGAGUUCUCACUGGAUUCCAGGUUAAAUGCAGUUAUACCAUGGUGCAAGCAAGCAACAAUCUAAGUGCAACUGAACGACUGCUUCCCACCUCAUAAUGUGAAGAUUGAUGCCAUUGGACUCCUCAGUGAUAAAUAUGACAACAUUUAAUGUGUGUGCAGUUAGAAUAUCAAGUAUUGGCUGAAUUUAAGCACAGUCUUGCUUAAAAUACAGCAUAGUUAUAAGGAAAGAGAGGAAUGUAUGUUUAUUUCUGUAGUAACCUUUUAAAACUGUAAAUUGACUUUGUUUUGGGAGCACUUCUUAUCCUUUAUGUAGAAAAAGACAAGCAAAAAAAAGUAAAUAAGACUUUUUUUUUCCCUUUGUUAUGAGGGUUAAUACGUUAUUUCAGGGAACAGCCAUAGCUCUAGUAGACUAUUUAAGGUUGGAAAAUUUAGGAUUUUGGGAAUUUGCAAUUUAGAAUGCAUUUCAAGUCAAGUAAUAUUUUCACAGUGGCUAGAGCUGUGAAAUUUGAUAACUUCACCAAAUUUCAUUUAAUUUUCCUAGUAAAGCUGUCUUGAAACUUAUUUUUUAACAUGAUUACAUACUAGAUAUCAUCUGUGGCUUUAAUAUAAAUAGUUAAGCAAGAUACCAACCUGUAAUUUUAUAUGCCUACUCAAUCUUGUUUCUUUUAUAUCACAUCUCUGAGUUUCUUAAGAAAAUGAUUACUCUUUUAGCUCUUAAAAUUCUGUAUUUGUUUGGUUGUACUUCAUGUUUUUUUGUAUAAAAGGAAGCUUGGCUAAAUUUGGGGAAACAAGCUCUUGUUUGCUGUUAUUUGGGAGGUGGGGGGAGGACAGUUUUAGAUAAAGAACCAGCUAACUUGGAUUUCGAUGUCUGCAUGGCAUCAGUAGUUUGUUAACACUGUGCACAAUUUAUGUUGAAACAUAAGGACAUUUGGAGGUCCUUAUAGCCCCUGGAAACUGGUUCCUAUUUCAAACCAGUUAUGUGAUACUUUGUGUGUAUAUAUAAAGCUGUUCGUGUUUCUUUGC